AUGGAAUCCCCGAACUCAUCGCGUCGCCUGUCUGUAGCGCGACCAACGGACGAGCCGGCCUCCGGUCUCGCAACCGGCUCCACCGUCUCCGCCGCACCUCCCGCCGCCACUGUCGGCAUCUCCGGCGUCGCAUUUAUGGACGGCCCGAUCUCUGCGUCGUUGAAUCGUGGCCGCUCGAAUCCGGGACGUGCGGUGCUGGGCAGCCGGAUAGGGAAAGAAGAAGCCGUCGUGGACCGUAGGGCAGGGAAACGGGCAGCCGAAGAGAUGGGGGAGGAUAGCGAGGAGGAGAGCGAAGGGGAAGCGGAGGAGGGAGCGGACGAGGGAGCGGAGAGAGCGGAGGGAGCGGAGGAAGAAGACGGAGAAGAGGGAGGCGCGACGGCGAAUGAAGCCCGGAAUGGAAGUAGGGGGACGUUGAAGGGGAAGGGGAAGGGAAAGGUGAAGGGGACGGGGGAGGGGAAGGGGGAGGCGGAGGGAAAGGGGAAGGCGGGGGGGAAGCAGAAGGGGGAAUCUUCGAGUGAAGCGGAGGUGUGCUCCAUUUGCCUUGACGCCGUUGAUGUGUGCUCCAUCGAACGGUCAACAGCGCGUCUGAAAUGCGGCCACGGCUUCCAUUUAGACUGCAUCGGCUCCGCAUUCAACGCCAAGCGCCGUAUGCAGUGCCCCAACUGCCGCAGCGAGGAGCACGGCCACUGGCUCCUCCCCUUCCCCCCUUCCGCCUCCGCCCCCUCUCCACCCCCCCUCCCCGCCUCCUUCUCCGAUCUUGCUGCUGCUGCCGCUGCUGCUCGCGACUUCCAGGCUACUUUCGGGGGAGGGUUUACUGGUGCAGUUGGGAGGGAGUGGACGGGAGGGGCAGGCUUGGAGUGGGGGGGAGAAGGGGCGGCGUGGAGGGAAGCAGGGGUGGGGUGGGGGGAAGUAGGGGAGGGAGGAGGCGCGGGGUGGGUGCAGGCUGGGGAGGAGAGGGGGAGAGAGGUGCAGUGGUGGCGGGGGUGGGGGGAGUCUGGGGAAGAGUACACAGAGGAUGACUAUGCUAUAUCGGAGCAUGCUAUAGAGGAGGAGUAUGCUAUAUCGGAGCGUGCUAUAGAGGAGGAAUAUGCUAUAUCGGAGCAUGCUAUAGAGGAGGAGUAUGCUGUAUCAGCGAAUGCUAUGGAGGAGGCUUUGGAGGGCGGGCUGAUGACUCGGCCAUGGAUUCAUCAUGACGUGCGUGGGGGAUGGGGGAUGGGGGAUGGGAGAUGGGUUUUGAGUCGACUCAAAAGGCAUUGGAGGGUGGGCUGA